UCAAACUGUUCUUUUCUGCAGUCAAAGCAGGCAGCCGUCCAUGUUUUGAAUUUGAUCGCAGCGAAAACAAGCGAUAAAAAUUAUCAAAAUUUUACAAAAAGCAGUGCUCGCUCGCUGAUAAAUUUGAUGAAUAGUAUUUUAAAUCCGAGCGAUAACGACCAAUCAGUUCAGGCUCUCAAAAGGAGCAUCUAUCUAAGCGCGCAGCGGAAGACGACUUCAUUGAAGUGAUUUUGGAAAGUGUCGUAAAAGAGCAAGAUUGGCUAACUAAAUUUGCAAAUAAAACGUUCAUGUAAAAUUCUACGACCGCUUUGGCUGAUUGUCCUGUCUGUGUUUGACCAGCUCGAGUAGCGAAAAUCUCCGUACAAGUUCUAGUGCAUUCCGGAAGCCGAUCGGGCAAUUUAAAUGGCGAAAUAUUAUGAAAAUACAACCACGUUCAACUACUCGUGGGAACAGGUUACGCAGUGCUUUUGGAACCGGUAUCCAAAUCCUUUCAGCUCGCACGUACUCUCGGAGGAUACCGUGUGCCGGGAGAUAAGAAACGGUAAACUGUACAGCAAACGUUUGCUAACUAAAACCAACCGUGUACCAAAAUGGGGUGAGCGGUUUUUCAAAGCCAAAUCUGUCAAUAUUCUGGAGGAAUCGGUAAUAGAUCCAAAAGAACGAGUGCUUGUUACCUACACUAGAAAUAUAGGAUUCAAUAAAAUUAUGAAUGUUGUCGAAAAAGUAACUUACCGAUCGGUUCCGGAUCAACCUGGCAAAACGAUUGCCACCCGGUCCGCGUGGAUUGACUCGUCGGUGUUCGGGUUUGCAACCGCCAUCCGCGCCUUCGGUUUGGACCGAUUUAAAAAGAACUGCAUGAAAACGGUGGAUGGCUUUAACUACAUGCUACAGCAUAUGUUUCCCCCACAUUCACCUUCGCCAGCGACGACCGCGCACGUUCAACAUCUUACCAAGACGCAAAAAAUCAAGGAAGCGGCAAAGAAUGCUUCCGAUCAUGUUAAAGCUCAGGCGGAACAGUUAGUACAGAAUCUUUCCGUGAAGGGUUGAAGUAAGCCUCCAUAGUGCGGGCGCUCUGGAAAGAAAUGACCUACACGAAUUGCUCUUCACUAAGUGGUUGAACAAACAUAUUUUGAGCUUGGUUAUCAGUCGCAAGCUAUGUCUGCUCAAUCCACUAAACUUACGUACUAUGAAAAUGAACUUUUGUUUGUAUAAUGUUCUUGGCGAGUGUUAAUGGGAACUGCUGUUUAGUUUAGAGCUCUUAAAGCAAAUCAAGAAAUAUGAAAUGACAUAAACACCAAUAGUUGAAACGCCCGGAAAUCGUAAGUAUUUUACCCCUUUCAAUAAAAGCCAUGGAGAAAAAGAGGCAGAUGCAGUAUUUUGAAAUAUCCUUCUCGAAAUUUUUAAUUGUCGCUUGUUUGAACGUUUUUGAAUAACAAAAAAUUACGUUAGUGCAUCAUUCCAUGCCGAUUGCUAUUAUCCACAGUUGUACUAUUUAAUAAAGCAGUAAUAACUCUAACUACAUACCUAGUGUAAGGACGAAGAAAGUGGAUUCUCUAAUGUCCUUCUUAUUCAGAAAAUAGUGAUAAACCCGUUUAGAUUUAUACAACUAUAAAUAGUACGUUCAUUAUCGCAAUAAGAAAUCAGUCCGAAUUUAAAAGUUGAUUGGAAGCUCGUUAAGUAAACCAGCGUAGUAGAUAAAAAGUUAAGAAUAGAAAGUUUUCCCUGAAUUAGAAGGUGCUUGAAACGCUCUGUACCAAUCGAUUGAGCCGAAAAUUUGACUUAGAAUCGCAAAACAUUUCCCCUGUAGAAGUGCAAGAAAAUCGUUGAAUUGUAGAUAAAAUAUUUUUUAUUUCGUUGCUCUAUAAUGUA